GUAAAAGUUGAACGCCUCAGUCAGUUGCCGCGGUGACCCAGUCGCUGCAACCGUACAGAAUACACUCGAUAAAUGCACUAAUUUUGUAUUAUUUUCGUGCGCGGAAUUCAUCGAAAUGCUAGCGAUAUUAUAUUUACUUUUGGUAAUCGUUGUCGUGGCUAUGGUAGUAGGCCUCUACCAGAAGAACACGAAUAUAAUAUGCAAGUCGAAGAAAAGGCUCGAUGGGAAAACCGCCAUCGUCACCGGUGGGACGUCUGGCAUGGGAUUGAGAAUCGCCAUGGAUUUCGCUGAUAGAGGUGCGAGAGUGAUCGUCGCUUGUCCUUUUGUAGACGAAGGAGCUACUGGCAGGAAAUUGAUUGUGAGAAAAACUGGCAACGAAGAGGUAAUCUUCAAACUGCUCGAUCUAUCAUCCAACACGUCCAUACGCAAGUUCGCAAACGACAUACUUACAACAGAAAAGAGACUUGACAUUCUGAUAAAUAACGCAGGAGUUGGCACUGUCGACGAAUUUAUCACCAAAGAUGGCUUGAAUUUUAUAAUGCAAGUGAAUUAUUUUGGGACAUUUCUUCUGACUUUACUAUUACUCCCGCUGUUAAAGAAAUCUGGUUCUAUUACAGAGCCAGCGAGAAUAGUGAACACUUCGUCGGUUCUGCAUAACAUUGGAACUGUUAACUUUAAAGUGAUGAACAGAUUAAAUCAUUGGUAUCUAAUACAGUUGUAUGGGAACAGUAAACUAUGUUUGGUCUUAUUUGCUCGGGAAUUGACAAAAAGACUAAAAGGGACAAAUGUUGUAUGUAAUUGCGUCGACCCAGGUGCCGUAGGAACGACCAUUUUCAACUGUAGUGGAAAAUAUUACGGUGCUUUCGUGCAGUUUUUGUUUUCUGUACUGUUCAAGACGCCAUGGGAAGGCGCCCAAACUGCUAUUUACGCAGCGUUAGAUAAGAAAGCUGGCCUUGUGAGCGGCGAGUACUUUAAGAAUUGCAGAACAGGUCAAGCGAAGCAAUGUGCAUACGAUGACAAUUUGGCCAAAGAACUCUGGGAAGAAUCUGUGAAACUUGUUAAGUUAUGUGAUGAUGAACUUGAAGAGUGUUUCAACAAAAACUUAUAAAAUUAACAACCCGAUGAAAUCGCGUUGUUUGAAAAUAAAUAUACAAAAUCAUUUCAUGUAUAAUGCAUGAAUUAAAUUAAUUAUAUACUUA